ACUGUUUGUACUAUAAUGUAGUACGGCUGCCAGUCCUAGACACAUCUCCCGCUCACUCUCUUUACCUUCCCGGCGGCUCUAGUUAAUGGAUUGUAUAUUUUCCCUUCAAGUACAACAUCAGCUGACGGUGCUCCCGACACGUAUCUGUCAGAGUCGCAGCAUAGAGUUACAGAUGAAGUCAACAGACGUGGACCAAGGGCUAUUCACAGACAGCUACUGCCGAGUGUGCAGUGCCCAGCUGAUCUCCGAGUCCCAGAGAGUUGCUCAUUAUGAGAGUCGAAAACAUGCCAAUAAAGUGCGACUUUAUUACAUGUUACAUCCUGUGGAUGGAGGCUGCCCUGCCAAGAAGCUCAGAACAGACAAUGGCAGCGACGAAGGUGACGUGGACAAGAAUAAAUGUUGCACACUGUGUAACAUGUCCUUCACAUCAGCUGUGGUUGCACAGUCACACUACCAGGGAAAAAUCCAUGCCAAGAGGCUAAAACUGCUACUUGGGGAUCAGACCGCCAUCACAACCAAAGAGACAUCUCCCAGUCCUGUAAAAGGCUCUCCAGACACGUCCCCCAUGACCUCCCCCCGACACCGACGCGACUCGGAUCGCUACUGCCAACUAUGCAAUGCUUGGUUCAACAACCCGGGCAUGGCUCAACAGCAUUAUGAUGGUAAAAAGCACAAGAAAAAUGCUGCCCGAGCAGAUCUGCUGGAGCAGCUGGGCAAGACUGUGGACAUGGGGGAUAUGAAAGGUCUGAAACGGAGCUAUACCUGUGAAGUGUGCAGCAUGACGUUGAAUUCGGUGGCGCAGUACCACGCGCAUCUGCAAGGCUCAAAGCACCAAAACAACCUGAAGAAUCAAAUAAGUGUCCAGUGAAUGUGAGACAAAACAACUACGCUGAACUGAUGUCAGACAAGCUGUGGUCAGCUUGCCCUAGUUUUUUUUUUUUUUCUUCACCUGCUCUGCGAACUGUCUUCAUUGCCUCGUAUGUCUUUCACCAUGAGUUUGGCUGGCCUGGAAAAUGAAGGACUUGCUUUUCUUUUCUACUGCAGCACUGCAUCAGCUUUCUCAUCUGAGAGCGAUGGGGCGGGUGGGUGAUCACGGGUAGUUGGGAGGUCCACAUACGACAAAACAGUGACAAGAUUUUCUUUGCAUGGCUGGCCAUCCAAGCUGUUUAAACUGUUCAUUUUCUGCCGCUAGUCAAACAGAAUUAAUAUCUGUUGCUUAGUGGCAGCGUUUCUGCAUUCAAUGGAUUAUAGGUUCUUGUUUGCAUUACAAAGGUAUGCUGUGAUACCUUUAACUUCUUGAAAAUAAAUAUGACAUGUUUUAGUGAUGAAAUAGACGUAUAUUAUUUAUGUAUUUAUCCUUUUCUUAUUCGGAUUUUGGAUAUUUGGUUGAAUCUUUUUGCAUUAAAUGGCAAUAUGUUUGGACGGAUUGUGUAAAUUGUCGUUGCAGACUCUAACAUUUGUGCAAUGUAAGAAAACGUGAAAUUGUCUAGAGGUGAGUCAAAUAAAUGAAACUGCUGCAUCUACUUUGUACAUUGAACCUAAACUUCUAAGGUCAAAGAAACGACCGACAUCACGCAA